AUGUCCAACCCUAUCCUACUAGAGGCCUAUCCCAAUGGCUAUCAGACACCACCUCCCAACUCCUCUCAUUCCGAAACUCCCUUCAUGGACUCGAAAAAGUCCGAAAAGCAUGUCCCCUUGGACUUCCGUCAGCGCCUCCGUCACUUCACCUGGGCAUGGUACACUCUCACCAUGAGUGCAGGAGGUCUGGCUCUCCUGAUAGCCAACCAACCCAACUCUUUCAAAGGCUUACUAGAGAUUGGCCUUGCCGUCUACCUGAUCAACAUCCUUCUCUUCGCACUAGUAUGCUCUCUGAUGGCUGCUCGAUUCAUCAUCCAUGGUGGAAUGAUGGACUCGCUGGCCCACGACCGUGAGGGCUUGUUCUUCCCAACCUUCUGGCUAUCAGUCGCAACCAUCAUCACCGGUCUCGAGAAAUACUUCGGCGACAACCCUGAGACAGCCUUCUCCACCACCCUCGAAGUUUUAUUCUGGAUCUACUGUGCCUGUACCUUCACCGUCGCCGUGGUCCAAUACUCCUUCGUCUUCUCCGCCCACACAUACCGUCUCCAGACCAUGAUGCCCUCGUGGAUUCUCCCCGCCUUCCCCGUCAUGCUCAGCGGUACAAUUGCCUCCGUCAUCGCCGAACGUCAACCAGACCGCUCCGCCAUCCCCAUCGUCACAGCCGGCAUCACCUUCCAAGGUCUUGGCUUCUGCAUCUCCUUCAUGAUGUACUCCCACUACAUCGGCCGUCUGAUGGAAUCAGGCCUUCCCAACCGUGAACACCGUCCCGGAAUGUUCAUCUGUGUUGGCCCGCCCGCUUUCACGGCUCUUGCUCUCGUCGGUAUGGCGCGUGGUCUGCCCUCCACAUUCUCUGUUAUGGACAGUGAAGACAGUGUGGCUGAUGGACGUAUGUUGGAAGUUCUCGCUCUUGCCGCUGGUGCCUUCCUAUGGGCUUUGAGUUUGUGGUUCUUCUGCAUUGCGGCAAUUGCUGUCAUCCGCUCACCACCAACAUCUUUCCACCUUAGCUGGUGGGCUAUGGUUUUCCCCAACACUGGUUUCACUCUCGCCACUAUCACUCUUGGUAAUGCGUUCUCCAGUACCGCUAUCAAAGGUUUUGGGACGGCUAUGUCUAUUUGCAUCCUCUGCAUGUUCCUCUUUGUCUUCGUCAAUCAUAUCCUGGCUGUCUAUCGCCAGGAUAUCAUGUAUCCUGGAAAGGAUGAGGACGUUUCUGACUAA